UUUGAGGUUUUGACACUUCCGCAACAAGGCCAAAUAUUGACAUGUGUGACAAUCUAAGAUGAUUAUUUAUUUCUUUAAAAAUAUUACAGUGACGAAUAAUGAACGGCGCAAAAACUGAGUAUUCAUAAACAAGAAAACUAAUUUCCAACCGACCACCCUUUGAAAAAAUGUCCACUAGUAAAUUAGAUGCCGUUUAUCGUAGCAUACUUCUCACGAAAUUUUUCACGAAAGGUUGGGGUAAGCCUGAAAAUUUACGAAGGUUAUUUGAGUUCAAGAAAAUAGUGUCAAACCGGGAUAAAUGUUUUAAAUUAGUUGAAAGGGAUUACCCAGUCACAAUUACCAAGGAACAGAAUUUAGCAGACUGCAAAUUGAUAGAGGGUUAUUUUCUCUCCCCUUUGGAAAAAUAUCUGCCAGGAAUAGUACCAGAGAUAGCCCAGAAAGCUCACUUUCAAGUAUUAUUACCUAUCCACUGGCCCGACCCUGGCUGCAAACCAGUAUGCCUACAUCUUGCAGGAACCGGAGAUCAUUUUUUUUGGAGAAGGAGAAACCUAAUGGUAAAACCCCUUUUAAAAGAAGCCAGUAUUGGUGGGAUUAUCCUUGAGAACCCCUUUUAUGGGGUCCGUAAACCAACUGACCAAAUCCGGUCGUCUCUGCAGAAUGUUUCGGACAUUUUCGUGAUGGGCGGCUGCCUGAUCCUGGAGUCGCUGGUGCUGUUCCACUGGUGCGAGCGCAACGGCCUGGGCCCUCUCGGCGUAACCGGACUUUCUAUGGGCGGGCAUAUGGCAUCCUUAGCAGCUACUAAUUGGCCAAAACCCCUUGUGCUCGUCCCGUGUCUGUCGUGGUCUACUGCAUCAGCCGUGUUCUUGCAGGGGGUGAUGUCCCAAUCUAUUAAUUGGGACCUGUUAGAAGAUCAAUAUCUUUCAGAUGGAGUCUAUAGAGAAAAACUGUCCAAAAUGGUCACAAUAGUCGACGAAGCCUUUCUCGCGGGCAAGAAGUUCGCGAGAACCUACUCGAAAAAUCUAAAUGCUCCAAGCACACGGAUCAAGAAAGAUGCAAUCGUAGACUCAUUGAAACGUUCUUCGCUAAACAAACUAGAUAUUACGUAUAAAGAGUCUAGUGCCGAAGGUAAUGCUCAAGUCUUUGACAUUAACAAGAAUGUGAUAGGUUAUAAACCAAAAGUGCCUGAUAAUGUUAAGAGUAUGUCGACUGAACAGGAGAAAAGUCUGAGAGAUGAAUUGAAGAGCCUUCUUAGUGAAAGGAAAAUUAGUCAAGUGUUAUUUGAUAAGCUAACUUCCAAUAAAACUUUCGAGCUUGAAGCGCAGGAUAUAGAAGAUAUAAAUAAAUUGAAUGAGGGGCAAGUGAAGGAUUUACUCCUUAAAUUUACCAGCGAUGCAGAGAGAGAAUCACUGUUAGAAAAAGUAAAAAUAUCAGUACUCAGUGAACCUGAUGAAACCAAAUCUUUACCUGUGGAUGAAAAUAAUAACACUACGUCGAAAAUAACCCCUAUGUCACAAGACAAUAAGGAAAACAUAACUAGUAGUGCAGUAGCACAAGAUGACGAUACUAAGACAAAUAUUGUAGAAAAUAGAACAGAAAAAGUUGAAUCAAAAUCGACAUGUGAUAAUGAUAAGCCAAAUUUACCAGCUAUUAAAGAAACAAAAGAUGAAAAUAAAGAGAAAAAAUCAUGGAACGUAUCGGAUUUCACUUCUGAUCUGUGGACUAAUCUGCCAUUCAUGAAAACGAGCGGGAAGAAGAUAGAUAUAAGCAAAAUUCAUUGGAGGGACAGAGAGGCACUGCAGUUCAUGCGCGGUAUUAUGGACGAAUGCACGCACUUGAGCAAUUUUUCCAUUCCUUUCGAUACGUCUCUCAUAAUAGCGGUUUGUGCGAAACACGAUGCAUACGUGCCGCGCGAUGACGUUGGCACGUUAGAGGAGAUCUGGCCCGGCGCCGAGGUGCGCUACGUGGACGCGGGGCACGUGUCCGCGUACCUCCUGCAUCAAUCUCUCUUCAGAUCUUGUAUAAAGGAAGGCUUUGAAAGAUCUAAGAAGAAAUGGAAGGAUGGGAAACACGUUGUUUGACGGUGGUGCUUAAACUAACGUGUACCAAUAAAAUAAUGUAGCUAACUAUGAAAACUGAGCUUUUACAUAAAUCAUUUAGGUAUUUAUUACGAAGUUAAACUUGCCCCUUUAUCUACUUAAAUAUUAUUACUGUUGUAAUAAAAUGUACUAAUAUUCCUUAAAAAUAGUCUCAAAUACGGUCUAUUCUUAACCUUGUAGCAUCUUUAGAUGUUUUGGGAUCGCUUAUUUUCUCCUAAUAAUGUUUUAUUAACUUGUCUAUCGAUUUCAAAGUUUAACGGUUGAAAAAAUAUCACGUUGAAUCUUUUGCUCAGUGUGCUGUGAAAUUUAUAUAGGUAUCUAGUAGUAAUAUAAAAAUACAAUGUAGUAUGUACCUAAUCCCGUUUAAGGGUGUAACUUUUUGUCCAAUAUUUGGAAAAUGAAUGAGAUAGAAAGAAACUUUUGAAAACGUGUGCAAUAAUAUAAAAUCGAUGGUGCUUGUUACUACGUACCCAGUCUAACAUUUUCUAAUAUAAAUAUGUAAUUAAUUAAUUAUUAUAAUUUUUUUUUAAUUUCUUCUUACACUUCAAGGAAAUUUCUAAAUGAUUUUGAAUACAUAUCAAAAAUUGCGGAACCGACAGGAUUCGAACCUGCGUUUCUUUUCAAUUUAAAUCUGUAUUUCUUAGAGCUACUAAAACUAAGUAGUUGACCGAUUUUUCAAGGCGUAAUAAUAAGAUUUCUUUUACAUCAACUUUCUGAAUAAGUUAAGUCUACAUUUCUUUAGCAAUAAAGUUGUUCAAUGGGUCAUCUGUAUUGGAUGGUGUUAAUCUAUCAAUAUCAAUACUUCCAAUACCGUUUUGCGAUUCUGGUAUCUUAGGAUUUCAAAAACAUCCUCCAUAUUUCCUCCAUACAGGAUUUCGAUAACACGUAUCGCGUGAUAACAUUUAUAAAUAUGCCCUAAUUGAGCAGUUUCAAAAAAAACUAUAAAAAUGUUUCAACUUUUCAAAACUACAAACAUUGUACAUAUCCAUAAAUUUACGAUAAACGAAUAAAUACGUUAUAUGGGAACUUACCUAGCGCAUGUAAUAUAGAGUCGAUGUAGUGUGGUUGUACCUUUUGCCAAUUUUAGUUUUCUAGUCUAUUACUAAAUGCCAUGAUACUUUCGAUAAAGUAUAGAAAUCGAUAACAAAAUUUUAAUUCGUAUUUAAUAUCAUUAAUCAUUUACGUUUCCAUACACCACAAGUACAAAAUAUAAUUUACCUAUUAAUAUUUUGAACGUGUUUAGUUUAGAGGGUAAUGAUUUAGUAAAACGCUUCUAGAUAUUAUUUAUUGUUAACAUUUUUCAAAGUGUAUAUCAUUGUAAGAUGUCUCUAUUGAGAUUGUAAAGUAUCUCGUAAAUAAAUAUUUUUAUAAAUAAAUAUUUUUUUCCAUGGAA